GGAUUUAAUAUACCAGGCACAGAAGAUCAGAUAAUUGUGACAUUGUUUACAAACAACAUAACUGUAUUCAUAGUGCAAUAUGAUGAUCUAGAUAAGCUGACCAAAAUUCUAGAUUCUGGAGCAAAAUUCAAUAUAGACAAAACAGAAAUUCUACUAAUAGAUACCCCAUCACACUGUGAUGCUAUAUAUCAUCACUGA